ACGCAGAUCUCCAAAAGCUUCAAACUCCAAAGCACCUUUUUUUUUCUCUCUCCGGCUCCGACAAAAACGACACCGUAUUCAUGGGCGUCCCUGCGUUUUACCGCUGGCUAGCGGAUCGGUACCCGCAGUCCAUCGCCGACGUCGUGGAGGAGCAUCCUAGAGAGGACUUAAAUGGCAUCCCAUUGCCAGUCGACGUCUCCAGACCAAAUCCUAACGGAUAUGAGUUCGACAACUUGUACCUUGACAUGAACAACAUUAUACAUCCAUGCUUUCAUCCGGACGGCAAGCCUCCCCCCUCAACCUAUAAUGAUGUAUUCAAAUCAGUAUUUGAUUACAUUGAUCAUCUGUUCACAUUGGUUCGACCAAGAAAGCUUCUUUUUUUGGCAAUUGAUGGGGUUGCUCCAAGAGCUAAAAUGAAUCAGCAACGUUCUCGACGUUUCCGAGCUGCAAAAGAUGCGGCUGAAGCGGAAGCUGAAGAGGAAAGACUGAAGAAAGAAUUUGAGAUGGAGGGGGCAUAUUUGGUUCCUAAAGAGAAACCUGAAACUUCAGACUCAAAUGUUAUAACCCCUGGCACUCAAUUUAUGGCAGUGCUCUCGGUGGCACUUCAAUAUUACAUACAAAGCAGGUUGAACCACAACCCUGGUUGGCAGUCUACGAAGGUUAUGCUUUCUGAUUCGAAUGUUCCUGGCGAGGGAGAGCACAAAAUAAUGUCAUACAUCCGACUGCAACGCAACCUCCCUGGUUUUGAUCCUAACACUCGGCAUUGUCUUUAUGGUUUGGAUGCAGAUCUGAUUAUGCUGGCUUUAGCUACACAUGAGGUUCACUUCUCAAUAUUAAGAGAGGUGAUUACUUUUCCAGGCCAACAAGAAAAAUGUUUUCUUUGUGGACAAGUUGGUCAUCUGGCAGCUGAGUGUCGUGGUGUACCUGAUGAUAAUGGAAAUGUGGUUGAUAAAACACCAAUUCACCAGAAAAAAUAUCAGUUCCUCAAUGUGUGGGUAUUGCGUGAAUAUUUGCAAUAUGAGCUGGAUAUUCCCAACCCUCCUUUUCCACUCAAUUUUGAAAGGAUGGUGGAUGAUUUUGUUUUUAUGUGUUUUUUUGUUGGCAAUGACUUUCUUCCACAUAUGCCAACAUUGGAGAUCAGAGAGGGUGCUAUUAAUUUAUUGAUGCAUAUUUAUAGAAAGGAGUUUACUGCUAUGGGAGGUUAUCUUACUGAUGCGGGUGAGGUAUUGUUAAACAGAGUUGAGCAUUUUAUUCAGUCUGUUGCUGUUUUUGAACAACAAAUUUUUCAAAAGCGGGUUCGAAUUCAGCAGGCUAUUGAGAAUAAUGAAGAGAGACAUAGAGCUAGAAGAGAAACUUCAGCAGAGGUACCGGCUCCGGUGAUAGACAAGGUUAAAUUGGGAGAGCCUGGAUACACAGAAAGGUAUUAUGCUGAGAAAUUUCAAGUAUCAAAACCAGAGGAGAUUGAUAAAGUCAAAAAGGACUUGGUUUUAAAAUAUGUAGAAGGCUUAUGUUGGGUUUGCCGAUAUUAUUACCAAGGAGUCUGCUCAUGGCAAUGGUAUUAUCCAUACCAUUAUGCUCCUUUUGCCUCUGAUCUGAAAGAUUUAGAUGAAUUGGAAAUAACAUUUUUCUUGGGAGAGCCAUUUAAGCCCUUCGAUCAGCUCAUGGGAACCUUACCAGCCGCAAGCUCCAGUGCUCUUCCGGAAAAAUACAGAAACUUGAUGAGUGAUCCAAGAUCUCCUAUCCAUGAUUUCUACCCUGCUGAUUUUGAAAUUGACAUGAAUGGCAAGCGCUUUGCGUGGCAGGGUGUUGCCAAAUUGCCAUUCAUUGACGAGAAGAAAUUGCUUACGGAGACAAGGAAGCUUGAAAGCACUUUAACGGAGGAAGAGCAGGCUCGGAAUAGCAUAAUGCUUGAUUUGCUUUAUGUUUGUAGUUCUCAUCCUUUGGCAGCACACAUCAGUAUGUACUACCAACUGUGUUAUCAGACCCCCCCACAUGAAAGAUGUUUAUGGAUCAUAGACACAAUUACUAGUGGUGGAAUGAAUGGAUUCCUUUGGUUAUCCGAGAGAAAUGGCGUUAGACAUGUAAUCCCUUCCCCUGUUCAUGGUUAUCCAAACCUUCAUUAUAACCAAGUCUUAAAUGUUACAUAUCUUAACCCCACUCCUCAUACACACAUUCCAGAACCUCCCGAGGGUGUGAUAAUGCCCAGAAAGGUUGUAAGACCUACAGACAUCAAACCAUUCCCUACGUUAUGGCACGACGAAGGUCCUCGACGCCAAGGUAGAGAGAGGCCACAAAUACCUGGAGCAAUUGCUGGAUCCAUGUUGGGAGAAGCAGCUCAUCGACUAGUCAAGAACACCCUUAAUAUUAGACCUAAUAGUUCAUCCUCCGGAUUUUGGGAUCAACCGCCACUACGAAAUUCCGGAAACUAUGCAGGAAAUUAUCCAGUCAACCGACCAAGACCAGCUGGGCCCUCUGGGUAUGAAGGUGGCUUCCGUGAAGAAGCAAAGUACGGAAAUUCCUUCAAUCCUCAGGUCAUGAUGACUAGGCCUAGAUUUCCCGCGUCAAAUGGUAUGCAAGGUGACAGACAGAAUUUUAGGGCACAAGAAAGAGUGCAAUAUCAAGAACAAAGUUUUAGGACACAAGAGAGAGUACAAUAUCAAGAACAGUACCACAACCUGAGAACCGCAAUGUCUAGUUUAACAGUUCAAGGCAGUGUGAGAACCAGGUCACCUGCAGUGGCACCACCGGGGAUGCCAAAUUCAGGAUACCAAGCAAACCAUCAGCACCUGUUUGUGCAGAACAUGGGUGCUCUUCCUUCGCCACCUACCAAGUGGAUUAGCAAAGAACCAACUGGAAAUGGUGGAUUAUAUGUAAGGCAACAGGAAACUGGAUAUGGCGGAGCAUAUGAGCAACCACAGGUCGAGAAGGUCUAUCAAGUUAAGGCGCGCGCUCCCCAGGAUGUAUCAGACCGUGGAGACCAGAGCGGGAGUGAUUCUUCAGGAUUUGUGUGAUGUUGCCUGGCUAUUUGUAAGAGGUGCAGCCACCCAGAUUACUCCAAUCUAGACGCUGCUGAUUCUGGGGUUCUGAUGCGAAACUGAUUUGGCUUCCCUAUGUUAUGGAGUCAGUACCGAAAACCGCAGGUCUGUUUGUUACAUCAAUACAAGAGGAUUUUUCUUCAGAAGCUCUCACAGGUUGUACUAACUGGCUACGGCGGGCAUAUACGACUAACUAUUUCUUACGUAGUUUGUGAAAUAUGCAGUAUAUAGUUGCAGUUUGUUGUCAUAGUUUCAUAGGAAGAAUUUGUGAAGGCGCUUGCCCAAAUCAGAAGUAGGGGUUGAUGUGUCAUUAGCAUGCAGGGGAAUAAUGUUAUGUCAUCCAAAAGGAAUUCGAUGUUCGUCGCUCCGAAAAUAUUUUCUAUUUAUUCGUUCCUUUUUAUA